AACACCCAUACCAUCUACAUUCCACUAUUCAUACUGCUGAAUCGAGCGCAACCUCAAACAGAUACUCCCGAACUACCACAAUGCAAACCCGUCGUCAAGCUGCCCAAGCUGCUCAAGCCGCCCAACCCCCCAAACAAGCAGCCUACAACGAAUCCUCCAACCCCGUCGACCAUACUCCCUACGAGCAGCGCACUCCCCAGCACCAGACCCGCCAACACGGCGAUCCCAUCUCAUCCGUUACCCGCGGGGCGAACUCCCGUCCCUCGAAUGAUGAAGCCCUCCAUCGACUGAACGCCAAACACGAACAGGAGCAGCGUACCAUGCAGAACGCCUCGGACGUGGACACCGAGUACGGCGUGGAGCAGCAGCCCGCGGAAGGGGAUAUCGCGCACGCGGUAGAGUCCAAGUCCGCGGACGCUCGGGCAAGAGCGCAGGCCGGAGCUCAUGCGGGCCCCGUCGGGAGUGCGAUGGGACCCGGAGAUCCUGGGUACGAGAAGGGUGAGGCAGCAGACCUGAACCAGAAGAGGGAGGCCCAUGAUCGGAUGCUAGGGGAUCGGGUAGGGCAGAGCCCGGCGGAACCGGAUGGGGAGACGGUGGAGAGAGAGGCCCUGAGGGAGAGGAAGUUGAGGCAGGAUCGGGAGUUGGAUGUGCAGGGGGCUGUAAGCGAAGGCUCGGGGGGCCCUGUUGUUGGGCGAUAACUGCACGCGUGUGUAGUACUUUUUAUAAAUAAGUGACGGAAUGCAUUAUAUUGAUGAAUCUC